GUUAUCGGUCGCAGCAAGUGUGGGAGUGGUUGUCGUUUUGUUGGUAUUUUAUCCAAUUAACAAGUUUAUUUACAAAUUUGUUAUUUCGCUAUUUGUUAACUGAGCUCGCAGCAUUUGUCGCCAGCUGCAUUAUGAAAUCCUGGCAAGUAGCUGUGCUGGCCCUCGCGGCCGUCUAUCUGUGCAGUCAGGUGCAUUUUGUCCAGGGACUGGAGUGCUACGUGUGCUCCAACCAGACGGGCAACACUGAGAAGUGCCUGAACACAAUCAAGACCUGCGAACCGUUUGAGAAUGUGUGCGGCACCGAGAUACGCUGGGGCAGCCAGCCGUACUUCUCCGAGGGCGCACUCAAGCAAUAUUAUGUCUCCAAACGCUGCAUGACCAAGGAGCAGUGCCAGUCGAAGCGUCGGCGCUAUAUGCAGAUGUAUUGCACCCACAUCUGGUAUGAGGAUUGGGCGUGCAACGAGUGCUGCCAGGGCGACAGAUGCAACUAUUUUGUCAUCAGCGGCGCGACGGGUCAACAGAGCCACAUGCGGUUGCUAUUCGCCGCGCUGCUGGGCGUCGGACUGCUCAUAAGGCGUGGCAUAAUGCCCUAGGCAAUGCACUUUUAUUUUGCCCUUCUAAUACGCGCAUUCACAUUCCAACGAAGCUAAGUAAUUUUAAUUGUAUUAGUAAUUGUAUUGAUUUCGCAUUGUCCACUAGUUAGUAGUUACCACUGUAUGCCGUCCAUUGUAUGUACAUUUUGUAUGUAGUUCGACACCGUCCAAGUGCCUUGACAAGCAGUUAUAACCAAGGCCUGUUAAAGUUUUAGUUUAGUUUGCGGUUAGAAUUCAAAUUUAAAGCUUUUUAAAGAUUAGUUUUUGCUUAAAAUUUCAAAGAUUUCAUCCAGCUUGUAUAAAGGCAUAUCAACAAUAUUACGAAUUUGUUUAGAAGUUCAUAAAGGAGCUUUCUAUUACAUUUUUUCUUGAUUCAGGAAGUUUUAAUGCUCCUUACACCAAUGAAAAAAGGGUAUAUUAGUUUUGUGCAAUGUCUGUCUGUCUGUUCUUUUUAAACUAUUUGAAUUAGGAGACUUUCAACUUUGAGUAUACUGUAAGAGCUGCCAAGAAAAUUUCUAGUUG